AUGUCCGUCCCUCCGGAAGCCCUGCAGAAGCUCCUGCAAGAGAUCGAAACCCGCGCCAUUGCAUCGCAGCAGCAGAUCAAUGUUACCAAAGCACAGAUCACCGUUAAGCAACGCGAAAUUCGCAUGCAGCAGUUGACGACCAAGGAGUUGUCGGAAUUGCCCUCGGAGACACGGGUUUACGAAGGUGUUGGAAAGAUGUUUGUUAAUGUCCCCAUGAACACUGUCAACAAGCGCCUCACACGCGAGAGCUCCGAGUCUUCUGCGGAGAUCACCAACUUGGAGAAGAAGCUGCACUACCACGAGACGACAUUGAAAAACAGCCGUGAGAACUUUGAUCAGAUUCUUAAGUCUGGAGGCCGGGCAUGA